CUCUCCCCGGAUUUGCACAACAGAUAUGCCUUUCUUACAAGGAAGCAAAGAAUCCGUAUUCCUCAAGACUAGUCUUUGAAUCAGAAUGACUUGGGUUGUGGUUCUCUCUCUCUCUCUCUCUGAAGUUAAAGACCCCACCUUUCCAUCUCCUUUGAGCAGUUAAGAAUCCAACCAUCGUGCCGCUAAACUGAGGAAAUAAAUUGAGCUGUUUGAUCUCUGAUCAACUCAGUGUUUGAAAUUCGGCUGAGUCCACUCCUGGUAAUGGCUAAUAUCCUUUUUAGAUCACAGAGGCUUAGAUCCUACUUGUUGCCAUCGACUCUCCUUCCAAAUGCUUUGAGGUUUCCAACAAGUUUAACCAUUUCUCCAAAGCAAGCUAUUCGAGUUUUGGUGACUGGUGCUGCAGGACAAACAGGUCAUGCCCUUGUCCCAAUGAUAGCCAGAGGGGCAAUGCUAGGCCCUGAUCAACCUGUGAUCCUUCAUUUGCUUGACAAUCCUCAAACUAUAGAAGUCUUAGAUGCAUUGAGAAUGGAAUUGGUUGAUGCUGCAUUUCCACUCCUCAAAGGUGUUGUUGCUACUUCAGAUCUUUUUAGGGCUUGCACUGAUGUAAAUAUAGUGGUGAUGCUUUGGGGUUUCCUCAGGAAGGAUGGAAUGGAUAGGAGAGAAAUGAUUUCCAAAAAUGUGUCCCUUCACAAGGCUCAAGCAUCUGCAAUAGAAAAGCAUGCUGCCCCAAAUUGCAAGGUGCUUGUUGUGGCUAAUCCAGCAAACACUAAUGCACUCAUCUUCAAAGAGUUUGCACCAUCCAUCGCAGAGAAGAACGUCACAUGCCUCACACGCCUAGAACACAAUCGAGUUCUCGGCCAAAUCGCCCAAAGGUUAUACGUGCAUGUUAGUGAUGUGAAGAAUGUCAUCAUAUGGGGAAACCACUCCUCUUCACAAUAUCCUGAUGCCAACCAUGCAACAGUGACCACCGCUACGGGAGAGAGACCUGUUAGAGAGCUUGUAUCAAAUGAUCAAUGGCUAAAGGGUGAGUUCAUCACCACCAUGCAACAACCAGGAGCCACGAUCAUCAAGGCCCGCAAGCUCGUGAGUGCAUUUUCCGAAGCUAGUGCUGUUUGUGAUCACAUACGCGAUUGGAUCCUUGGCACCCCGAAGGAUACAUGGGUAUCCAUGGGGGUGUAUUCUGAUGGGUCUUAUGGGAUUCCUGCUAGUCUGAUUUAUUCAUUUCCAGUUACUUGUAAUGGAGGAGAGUGGUCAAUUGUUCAAGGAUUGGAAAUUGAUGGGUUCUCUCGGGCAAAGAUGGACGCAACUACAAAUGACCUCAUUUCAGAAAGAGCUCUUGCAUACAGUUGCCUAAAUUAAUAGCAAACAUGCAUUUCUUAGAAUAUAUACAGUAGAACAAUAAUGUGUACAUGUGUGCUAUAAUCAAUAGAGAUUAGCCCCCCCCCCCCUCUCUCUCUCU